UUCUACAAAUACACGGCUGAUGAAGUCUAAAAAAUUAUGAAGUUAGAGUACCAGACAUCGUUCAUUCGUAAGCCUCUCAUUGCUCUCUCUCGACUCCAUCGCCCAAGUACGAAACGGUUCUCGCAUCAACUCCAACGAUCAAGAUGCAGAUGAGCACGAAAGCUCUGGUGGUGGCCGUAGGCCUCGUCCCCUUUGUCGCUGGACACGGCUACCUCACCAUUCCCAAAAGCCGUACCAGACUCGGAAGCGAAUCUGGCAAGGACACUUGCCCGGAAUGUACCAUUCUUGAGCCGGUGAGCUCAUGGCCGGACCUCGACGUGGCACCGGUGGGCCGUAGCGGAGUGUGCGGGUACAACGCGCGCGUGAGCGUUGACUACAACCAGCCGUCGAGCGAGUUCGGUUGGGGUAUGGAUCCGGUAGUGACGUACUCGGCAGGCAGCACGAUUGAUGUGGAGUGGUGCGUCGACAACAACGGCGACCACGGUGGCAUGUUUACGUACCGAAUCUGCCGGGACCAGGCCUUAGUUGACAAGUUCCUGGACCCGGACUAUCUUCCAACGGAGGCAGAGAAGCAGGCCGCAGAGGACUGCUUCGACGAGGGCCUACUGAAGUGCACCGAUGUGAGCGGGCAGUCUUGCGGUUACAACCCUGAUUGCUCCACCGGCGAGGCCUGCUACCGCAAUGACUGGUUUACGUGCAACGCCUUCAACGCCGACUCGCGGCGGGCGUGCCAGGGCGUCGAUGGUGCCGCGCUCGGUUCGUGCUUCACUACCAUCGCAGGCGGCUACUCCGUUACCAAGAAGAUCCAGCUCCCGGCCGACUUCACGAGCAAACACACGCUACUCAGCUUCAAGUGGAACUCGUUUCAGACGGGGCAGAUCUACCUCAGCUGCGCCGACAUCGCUAUCACGGGGCCCGGGGGCAGCAGCGGAACCUCGCCGUCGUCAACUCUGAGUACAGUAACGAAGACGGCGACUUCGGCUGCGAGUUCAAGCACAGCUUGCGCGCGUAGCGCCAUUGCCGUGACAUUCAACGAAGCCGUCACGACCACCUACGGCCAGACGAUCAAGGUCGUGGGGUCGAUCCCGGAGCUGGGCAAUUGGGACGUGAGCGCGGCGCCCGCCAUGUCAGCGUCCAAGUACACGAGCUCGAAGCCCUUGUGGACGUACACCAUGAGCAUGGCACCGGGCAAAUCGUUCGAGUACAAGUUCGUGAAUGUGGCAGCAUCGGGCGCCGUGACCUGGGAGAGCGGCCCGAAUCGCUCCUACAGCGUCGCUAGUAGCACUUGCGAGUCUACAAUCAAUCUAGAUAGCACCUGGAAAUAGAGGGUUUGAUAUGACAUGUACAUGGAAUAUGUAUUCUU